AUGCAGGGAGGAGUUCGCCGUGGUAACGACUUGUUACCUCGCUAUAACACACAUGGCCAUGGUAGAGGUAAGGGGGUAUGGCUUACGACACCAAUGAAGAAGAUCAUAUUAUAUGUUAUGCUUCUUUUUACGGUUUUCGUAGUGCUUCAAACUAUUGGAAUAGGUAAGGAGAAUGAGCAUAUUGAAUACGAACUAGAACGAGCUGGUGGCUCUAGCGGUAUUAACAGAGAUGCCUUGGGAUCGCAGAUGGAUGUUUCAGAUGCUAUGAUUGAAAAAGCUGGCUCUGCUGCUGCGGAUCCCGUACCUGCUGCUGCAGAUGUCGCGCCAGUUGCUGCUGCUGCUGCUGCUGCUGCAGGUGCAGGUGCAGGUUCAGGUUCUGAUAAAGCUCUGGAUAGAGUUUCAGACAAGUCAGGAGAUAAAGGUAAUGCUCCAGCAGUAGGAGUUGGUGCUGGAUCAGUAGAUAAUAGUAAAGAGGAGAAAAAAGACCUCUCGAAUAGUGCUCCAAUCGCUGCAAAAAACGCACAGAAAUCAAGAAACGGCGUGGGUAACGAUAUCAAAGCUGAUAAGCAAGGAGGCAAAGGCAUCGAUAAGAAGGCUCAAGAAAUAAAGGAGGCAGCACCUUAUAAGAAAGGUGAUUAA